CUCAGGAAACAAUGCAGCAAGUCAAAGGUUACCUACGUGGUGUAUUUGGGCAGACUCUAUUUCCAAUUAUGCCCUUAGCAGAUAGCGAUAACUAGGGAUGUGAAAGAAAGGGUUAAAGUAGCCAAAAUCUGUGAUGUGAAUAGAGGACAACAGCCUGAAUUUUCAAGGUAGAAAUAGUCUGUCGCAAGGAUAUUCAGAUUCUUGUUGUUGAGCUUCAGGAAGUCCGAAGUUAUUUAUUUUUCAUUUUUUUUUAUUUGUCUCUAUUCAACAUUCCAUAACAAAUUAGUAGAGAGAUGCAACGUCAUGUCAUGUCUGCACAACUUGUUUUAAGAACUUAGAAGAAGAUUGACAAUCAGAUAAGUGUUUGAAGAAAUCGAUGAUGAUGUUAAGCUGCCUGACAGUAGUAUUUGCUCUAUCUGUGAGUGACGUUACAGGUAGAGGGUCAAAAGAAUGGCGUGCAUCUGCUCCGGCUCCACCACCUGGGUUUAAUGAAGAAAAUGGCAAAGGGACUACAGAUCAUCAUCAUCAUCAGCAGCAUGGAGUGUUGUGGUCUGAACUUGUUAUUGUGAUAGCAUUAGUUGUCAUGCUUGGGUUCGUGGUGAAUGUGGUGAUCAUAAGAUUAUUGAAGGAAAAAACGAAGGUGAAAAACACCAGCACCCCUGUUGUUGGAACUAAAACCUCCUCCCCAGUGUCAGUGUCAGUGAAGGAAGUAGUAAAGGUGGAAGACACAAAUCCAGAUCCAGGCCUUGUUUUUUUUGUAGAACAAGAGGAGCAAUUUAAUUUGCAGAGCCUUCUGGAUGCAGGAGCUGAUCUGCAAAACCAAAACUACUGCAGCAGCCUUUACAAGGUUCAGCUUAACAACAACAACAACAAUUUUGCUUAUGCAGUGAAGCGAUUAAAGAAAUUACAGGCGCCAUGUGAGGAGUUUGAUCGCACAAUGGCAAUGGUUGGGAAGUUGAACCAUCAAAACAUUCUUCCCCUUGUAGCCUACAGUUGUCAGGGUGAAGAGAAGCUUCUCAUUUACAAGUAUCAAAACAAAGGGAGCCUCCUGGCACUCAUGGAAAGGCAUAUUGAGGGGAAGAUCGAAUUCCCAUGGAAAGUGCGGUUGUCUAUAGCGGUUGGAAUAGCAAGGGGUUUGGAUCACAUAUACAAAAGUGAUCCGGGCAUUCCCCAUGGAAACAUCAAGCUUUCCAACAUUUUGUUGAAUGAAAACAAGGAGGCAUUAAUAAGUGAAUACGGAUACUGGAAUAUGGUUGAUCCGAAAAGUGCUAGCUUGCAGAGAUCAAGUAAUGGCUAUGGCAGCUACACAGCCCCUGAGAAAUGCUCAUCGGAAAAAGGAGACGUGUUCAGCUUUGGGGUGAUUCUGUUGGAACUGCUGACAGGGAAGAUAGUGGAGAACAGUUACAGUGGUGGGUUGGACCUUCCAAAGUGGGUCAAGGCCAUGGUCAGAGAGGAGUGGACAGGGGAGGUGUUUGAUAAGGAGAUUGCAAAGGUUGGAAUGUAUGCUUUUCCUCUGCUGAAUGUUUCCUUAAAGUGUGUUGCCCAUUUUGCUGAGAACAGACCUUCCAUGGCUGAGGUUUUGGAGACGAUACUUGGUGUUGUUGUUGAGGCACAGGAAGAGUUUUCUUUUUCUUCCACCGACUCAACCCCCCCACACCCACACACACACGAUGCUGCUCAUGUGCUUUAUUCAGUUGCAGAGGAUAAGGAGGAGGGCUAGGCUAGCUAAUAUAAACACCUCUCGAUCAAUCAUUAACUAAUAUCUUGUAUAUACAGAAACUAGAUUAGUAGUGCAUGUUUAUGUUUUGUUUUUCUACCAAUAACUCAAUGCCAUGGCUAUUAUUAUACUGUACGACAUUGUUCCACUUGAAGAAGAA